CCGGGCGCCGCGGAGGAAGCUGGUCCAAGAUGGCGAGCAUGAGGCGCGCGCUGCCGCGGCGGCUGGUGGGCCUGGCGUCCCUCCGGGCUGUAAGUGCCCCGGCCGCGGCGGCCCCGCAGGCACUGUGACGGUCGGGUCCGGGGACUUGGCCCAUGGCGGCUGUUUCCCGAGAGGCGGAGCCGAGCGCUUCCUCUGGCCAGCACUGGGGGAGUAUUGAAGUUUGGACCCGCCCGGUCUCGCUCAGACCCCUUGCCUAGGAGGGGAAACUGAGGCCCGCCGAGGCAGGGCGGUCUUUUCGGAUCGUGGAGACCUGGGGCGUCACCCCGGACACCCUGAUUCUCUGUCCAAAGCCCUUCCUCUCGCCCUGGCUCCUUUCGUCUCCUCGUUGAGCCUCAGACUUCUCCAGCGCUUCGUUAGUGAAAAACACCAGCGCCCUUAGUGCCGCGGGGGAAAAGCGAGUUCGCCCCCUGCCGCCUCCGUUUCCGGCUUCGGUUGUUUUGGGGACUCGAGGGGCGUUUGGAUGGCCUGGGGCCAGGCUGUGACCCCCCGGGUGGCGCUUCUAGUCUGUCCGACCCUGAUGUUGUCCUGUCGUCCGUGCCCCGUCAGCACUUCAUCUAUGGGCACGUUCCCAGCGCGAGUCAAAAUUGUGGAAGUUGGUCCCCGCGAUGGUCUACAGAAUGAAAAGAAUGUCGUACCUACUCCAGUGAAGAUCAAGCUGAUAGACAUGCUUUCGGAAGCAGGACUUCCUGUUAUAGAAGCCACCAGCUUUGUGUCUCCCAAGUGGGUUCCCCAGAUGGCUGACCACACCGAAGUCUUAAAGGGGAUUCAGAAGUUUCCUGGCAUCAACUACCCAGUCCUGACCCCAAAUCUGAAAGGCUUCGAGGCAGCGGUGGCUGCUGGCGCCAAGGAGGUGAGCGUCUUCGGAGCGGCCUCAGAGCUGUUCUCCAAGAAGAACAUCAACUGCUCCAUAGAGGAGAGCUUCCAGCACAUGGGCGGGGUCCUGGAGGCCGCGCGGGCUGCCGGGGUUCCCGUGCGGGGGUACGUCUCCUGCGUGCUCGGGUGUCCCUACGAAGGGAAGAUCUCCCCGGCUAAGGUGGCUGAGGUCGCUAAGAAGCUGUACUCGAUGGGCUGCUACGAGAUCUCCCUGGGGGACACCAUCGGUGUGGGCACCCCGGGGCUCAUGAAAGACAUGCUGUCGGCCGUCACGCGUGAGGUGCCCGUGGCCGCCCUGGCUGUCCACUGCCAUGACACCUAUGGCCAAGCCCUGGCCAACACCUUGAUGGCCCUGCAGAUGGGAGUGAGUGUCGUGGACGCCUCUGUGGCAGGACUUGGAGGCUGUCCCUAUGCACAGGGGGCGUCGGGGAACCUGGCCACGGAAGACCUGGUCUACAUGCUGACGGGUUUGGGGAUUCACACGGGUGUGAAUCUCCAGAAGCUCCUGGAAGCUGGCGACUUUAUCUGUCAAGUCCUGAACAGAAAAACCAGCUCCAAAGUGGCUCAAGCUAGCUGUAAACUCUGAGCCCCCUGCCUGCCUGUAGCCUACAGAUUGCGCGGGGAGUGGGCCGCACACGGAUGAUUCCUGGAUGGGGGAGUGGAGACAAGAUGAAGUUGCAGGCACGCCUCAGCCCACUCUGCCAGGCUGUCCCGGCAGAAAGAAGAGAGGGCGACGGCCCUCCCUGUGAGCCCUGCAUGGGAGUGUGCAGCCGUGGGGGACCCGGUGACGCAGAGUUGAGUGCCUGAGGCACUUGCCACCCUGCUUGGACCAUUGUGAUCGUGGUGUCGCAUUCUGGGUGACCUCUGUCAGCCCCACCCUGCUAGUGCUGUGGGGCCAUCUCUGUCGUCUUAGGGCAAAGGGCGGGGAGCAGGUUGCUCUAAACUGGCAGUGGGCAUCUCAUGGUGAGGGCUAGGCUCCCGCGGUGGCCGUCCGCCAACUCCAGCAUCAGUGAAAAAUCUCUACUCUGAACGUGAUUUUUGAAAACAGCUGCUGUAAUUAAAGAUUUAAUUUUCCAGUA